UUCUUCCUGCUGUCUGAUAAGUUUGUGAACUGAGAAGAAAUCCCCACGAGCCGGGCAGCGCGUACAUGUGCGCGCGUCCAGCCUUUAAUCGGCCCAGUAACAGACACAGUAACUACAGUCGGACUGUGUCAUCGUUGGGCUCGGCGGCCAUGAGCAAAGACAAGCCGAGCGCGCAGGUACCGGAGAGCACCGGACCCCUAUCCCCCCCCAACGGCCACAGAGCCCCGAGGACGCCCAAAUGCUCCCGCUGCAGGAACCACGGCUACAUGUCGCCCCUGAAGGGACACAAGCGCUUCUGCAGGUGGAGGGACUGUCAGUGCGUGAAGUGCAAGCUGAUCGCCGAGCGGCAGCGCGUCAUGGCGGCGCAGGUGAGCGCGGGUCGAGCCGAGGGCGGGAGGCUGCGACGCGGGUCCGAACGGGCCGGCGGGGCUGCGUCAGACGCGCGGCGCGGCGCCGUCUGUUUGGAAACACUUUUAAUGGUUGCUUUGAGAAGGCAGCAGGCCCAGGAGGAAGAGCUCGGCAUCUGUAGCCCAGUAGCUCUGUCUGGUCCCGAGGUUCUGGUAAAAAAUGAAGUUAUGGCAGACUGCCUGUUCCCUGUUGAGGGACGGAGCCCGACACCCACCACAUCCUCUGCUGCUUCAGGGGGUCGAUCUGCAUCAUCCUCCAGUCCGUCAUCAAGUGUCAGAUCUCACUCUGAGGGCCCAUCUGACGUGCUGCUGGAAACCUCCUAUUAUAACCUCUACCAGCCUUCACGCUACUCCAGCUACUACAGCAACCUUUACAACUACCAGCAGUACCAGAUACCCCAUGGUGAUGGCCGCCUGUCAGGCCACAACAUGUCUUCUCAGUAUUGCAUGCAUUCUUACUACCCAGCGACCAGCUACCUGAGCCAAGGCCUGGGGUCCUCCUCCUGUGUGCCACAGCUCUUCAGCCUGGAUGACAACAACAGCAACAACAACUGCUCUGAGAACAUGGCAACCUUCCUGCUGCUGGCCUGAUGAUGAGGAGCCAGACGCCCAUAUCGUUUCCUCAGAGGGCGGCGUCCAUCUCUACAAGGUUUGUCCCCAGUUGGACACACAUGGGACCCUUUCAAACUGGCCGGGGCUAGUUUUUUAGACACAGCUCGUAUCCUUUUAAUGGGAGCUAUUCAAUCCCAAGCCAACCUUGUCAUGUGACAGGCAACUCUUCAUUCUGAAGAUUGAAUUUUUGUUCCCAUGGUAAUGGCCUCCACUAAGCCCCUGUCCCUGGACAGCACGGAGACAUUCAGGAAGUUAUCUGUUUAAUCUGUGCUUCCAGGUUGUCUCAUUGUUUGACUCAACAUCCAUCCAUCCAUCCAUUUUCUUAACCGCUUACUCCCUAGUGCGGGGUCACGGGGGUGCUGGAGCCUAUCCCAGCUGGCUACGGGCGAGAGGCAGGGUACACCCUGGACGGGUCGCCAGUCCAUCGCAGGGCAACACAUAGACAGACAACCAUUCACUCACACACUCACACGACUCAACAUUUAAUUACUAAAAGUGAAAACAUGAUGCAGGUGGCUGUAUUUAGAUGGGGGUUCUGCUUCAUCAUAGGGAGUUUGGAUAAGUCAUUGCAACAAUCUCAGGAUCACAGUACAAGAAGAAACGCUUUGUGUAAUUAUUGCUCCUGUAACCUUCAAACAGCAACUCCAUAUUUUUAUAUUUACAUACAUUCUCACAAUAGUGGAUGUACUGUAGUUGUACAGCAAAUUGAAAAAUAUAGUAUCAUUCUGCCUAAUGGAACUUUAUGCACUACAGAGAAUAGUGUGCGUAUGUGCGUGUGUGUUUACUUUAGUGUAAUCUACCCCCAUGACCCUUGUGUACAGUGGAUGAGUGCUGAGUAUGAAGCCCACAGAGCUUAUCCCUGGUGGAUCAGCCUGAAUUACCAUUGCCUCUCACAUCUGGGCUUUUGUUCUCCUUUUUUGGCAGCAGCAGAAAUGAUUGCACCUUCAUUCACUCCCUCCCUCUCUUAACAAGACAAGUGGGAGGUUAAGAAAGCUUCCUUUUGUUAUUCCACACAAAAGCUGUUUAACACUUUGGAAAUCUUAUAUAUAGUACUGAGUGACUGGGAAAUGGGCAAAAGUUCAUAGUGGAGUAGAAACUCUUUCUACUGACGGAAAAAGUCUUCUUUGUUCCAAGCAAAUUUUUGAAUAAAGUCUAAAACAUAAAUCUGGACAAUGCAUAAAACCACCAGCUUCAGCACAGAUGCAUAAAGUGGUUCAGUGGUUGGAACUGAUGCCUGACAGCCAGAAGGACCUGGCUUCCUCCCACUGUGCAAACACAUGCGCCCAGGUUUAGUGGAGGCGCCCACACGUGAGCGGUUGUUUGUCUCUAUGUGGCCGCCUGUCGCCCAGUGACGGGUGGGAGGGGCUCCAGCAAAGCGGCCAGGAUGAGCGAGUGUGGAGAAACACCACAGUAUCAUCUGACCGCUGGAACCAAAAAAACGAUGUCAGCAGUGUUUCACUAUGUCACAAUGUGAGGGAAUUAGAAAACAUAUAAUAUAAUAUAAUAUAAUAUAAUAUAAUAUAAUAUAAUAUAAUAUAAUAUAAUAUAAUAUAAUAUAAUAUAAUAUAAUAUGAUAUAAUAUAAUAUAAUAUAAUAUAAUAUAAUAUAAUAUAAUAUAAUAUAAUAUAAUAUAAUAUAAUAUAAUAUAACCAAAGGUAAAUAUAUAACCAAGUGAUCUGCUGAUUUCUGUAUUUUGUCUUUUUUUCUCUAAACUUGUUGUCUUGUUCAAGCAAAGUCUACUUCUAAUUAGUCGUUUAUUUCAGUUGUCUUGAAAGUUUUCCACCUUAUUCUCUUCAUUUUACAAAGGGUGCAUUUUUAAACAAACUGCUAAACUAAUUCAGUGCAUUUAAAUAAAUUCCAUUCAAUUGGCAAUAAAAUCCUAAUUGUUUCAUUAGCUGCAGUCAGGUGCUUGACUGCUAAUUGAGAACAAGACUUUGUGCUGUUUCAGACAUUAAUCUGUAUUAAACAGCAGACGACGGACGAUGCUGCAGGGAGCAUGUGUCGUGAUUUAACAUCCUCAGUGAAACUAACACGUCCACUUGCUUCAGCCUUUAAUUACAUCAUAGAUUUCCUGCUGAUGAACGGGGAGAAUUAACAGUGAACGGGCUAAUUCACAGCCCCCCUCCCUCGUGCUGUUAUUGCUGUAGACCACAGAGGGAUAAAAAAGAACAGGCUGCACUUAGCUACACAAACAUUAGUAUUAACGAUUGGGCUGCCAGUGUGGAUAUGGUGACAAACUGCAGAUGGGCAAAAAUUGGAGUCAGAAACCAAUCAGGAAGUUAAUGAGGAGAAAAAUGACUCCUCUUCUCUCCUCCCACCACUGAUGAGAGAGAGAGAGAGAGAGAGAGAGAGAGAGAAGUCAGGGGACUCUGGGCAACACUGUACAUGUUACUGUUAUUCAGAUUAUGAAGUGACAGAUUAUUUGUGUCUACAACUGAUGACGCAGGUGCCUGAAGGUGGGCUCAACUCUGAGGAGCUGAUUUAGAUGAGCGUGAACGGCUGUAGCCCCAGUGUUGGGUAACCUGUUAGCUGUGACAGAGCUAAUGCUGUGGUUUGUGUUUAGUCUUCCCUUCUUUUUGUUGAAUGAUUCAAUUUGCUGUAAAUCCUGAGCUUUGCUAAGAAUCAUUUUAACUUGCGGUCAUAUUUUUAUACGCCGCCCACAUAGAGGAUCAUUUAUAUCAGUGCUGAUGAUAUAACUCUGCUGUUUUGUCUCUCACUAGUAUUUCUCUUCCCCGUUUUAUUUACUCGCCUUACAAUAGGAAGACAUUUUUAUUUUAUGCGGGAGCUGUACCAUCUGCCUACACAAGGUAAUAUAUGCAGUAUCAUUUAUAUAAAUCUGAGCCUUUAUUUCUACACAUCAAUGGUUGGAGAGCAAACUCUUGACACAUUCUCAUCCAAGUUGCUCCAACCUGGCAAGCACCAACAGCUGUCCUUUGUUCUAACUACAUCAUAGAACCACAGUGUUGGCAAGAUCAGACUUGAAGACACAGAUUUGUCUGAGAGACUUGUAGCCGAUUGUGGUCCCAAAUAUUAAAACAUGUGACUGAAAUGUUUCUUUAAACCAUAAACCAAGAAGUU